AUUCAACCAUUCCUUUCUCUCUACUGAGAAACUCAGUUAUGGCGCCAUCUUUGCUUCAUUUGAAGACUGCAGCUGUUGCCGUGGCGUCUGUUAAAGCUGCUGAACAUGACAACAUUACUAGAGUUCAACUCCCGGACAAGACAAGGAACUCUCGGGUCCUUGUCCUUGGCGGAACUGGUCGCGUUGGAGGGUCUACAGCCACCGCUCUUUCCAAGCUUUGCCCUGAUCUUCGAAUUGUCGUCGGCGGUAGGAACAGGGAAAAGGGGGCUGCCAUGGUGGCUACACUAGGAAAUAAUGCUGAAUUUGCAGAAGUCAACAUUGACAACAAAGAUUCAUUGGAAGCAGCUUUAAGUGAUGUGGAUCUUGUAGUUCAUGCUGCAGGACCUUUUCAGCAGGCACAGAAGUGCACUGUCUUGGAAGCAGCCCUAGAGACCAAGACUGCAUAUCUUGAUGUUUGUGAUGAUACAAGCUACGCUUUUCGUGCAAAAUCAUUCAAGGAUAUAGCAGUAGAGGCAAAUAUUCCAGCCAUAACUACUGGUGGAAUCUAUCCUGGAGUGAGCAAUGUGAUGGCAGCAGAGCUAGUUCGUGCUGCAAGAAGUGAAAGUAAGGGGGAGCCAGAAAGGCUAAGAUUCUCCUACUACACAGCAGGCAGUGGUGGUGCUGGUCCAACUAUAUUAGCCACCAGUUUUUUACUUCUUGGCGAGGAAGUUGUUGCAUAUAAUAAAGGACAAAAAAUCAAGUUAAAGCCCUUUACUGGAAUGCUCAAUGUGGACUUUGGAAAAGGAAUUGGGAAGAGAGAUGUUUAUUUGUUGAAUUUACCUGAGGUACGAAGUGCUCAUGAGGUCCUAGAAGUACCAACUGUCAGUGCUCGAUUUGGAACUGCACCAUUCUUCUGGAAUUGGGGAAUGGAAGCAAUGACAAAGCUUCUUCCUGCAGAAUUUCUGAGAGAUAGAAGCAAAGUCCAACAGUUGGUUCAAUUGUUUGAUCCACUAGUCCGAGCUGUUGAUGGGAUCGCUGGUGAGCGUGUGUCAAUGAGGGUUGAUUUGGAAUGCUCAGAUGGUCGCAAUACACUUGCUUUGUUUAGUCACAGGAGACUCCCUGUAUUGGUGGGAACUGCCACAGCUGCUUUCGCCCUAGCAAUUCUUGAAGGAAGCACACAGCCUGGUGUUUGGUUUCCAGAAGAGCCUGAAGGAAUUGCAAUUGAGGCUAGAGAAGUUCUACUCAAGCGUGCUGCACAAGGAACAAUUAGCUUUGUGAUGAAUAAGCCACCCUGGAUGGUAGAAACAGAUCCAAAAGAGCUUGGAUUAGGAAUAUAUGUAUGAGAAUGCUGAAAACGAAGUUGCAUUGUAGGCCAUUUUUCCUGCUUCAGCUUCCCCACAAUGCUGCAGAGGUAGCUAGUCACCAUUUUUGGUAUGAAUAACUUGUUCAUCGUUGUGACUGAGCUUUAUUUAUCAUGUCAGAUGCUCUGGCAAUGGUUUUGAAAAGGAAAGCAAAUGCAAUUGUCUGGAGCUUGAUUUUUUAUUUUUGUAAUGAAAUUUGUAUCCUUUGAACCAUUUACAAAUUGGUCAUUCAAAGAAUAUAUAGUUGAAUCUUCAGUA